GCGCUGAAAGCCUUUGUCCAGCAACUCCGGUGGGGGCCGCGCCCACCCCGCCUCCUGGCUCGAGCGAGGGCCCGGCAAGCACCGAGGAAUCGGUGUCUUGUCACCCAGGUUUAUCACGCGUAUUAUAAACCACUGGAGUUCGUGGUGCCUGAACGGGACGCGUCCCAGUGUUACAUAAAGAUGGUGUGUCUGCGGGAGCCCCCACAGCUGGUGCUGGGCCUGCACUUCCUUGGCCCCAACGCUGGCGAAGUUACUCAAGGAUUUGCUCUGGGGAUCAAGUGUGGGGCCUCCUACCAGCAGGUGAUGCGGACGGUGGGCAUCCACCCAACCUGUGCCGAGGAGGUGGCCAAGCUGCGCAUCUCCAAGCGCUCGGGCCUGGACCCCACCGUGACCGGCUGCUGAGGCUAAGCGGCCAUCCCUAGACCCAGGGUGCUCAGCGUGACUUCUGACCCCACGGCCAGGCUCAGCGGAGGCUCAGAGCCAGGCAGGAUGCUGGAGGCCGAGCCCGGGCGAGGCACGCCCCUGCCCAGUGCAUCUGGACCAACCGCUGAGCGCCCUGCAGGGAUGGCCCAGGCCUGCAUCUGGCACCCUCGCCCAUGCCAGAUGAUGACGACUUGCGCAGAAACCCCCCGCGGGCUGCCCACGUCUGAGUCCACCGGCGUUUCCAGGGCACAAAUAAAGAGGGUGUU